AUGCGUGGUAAAUUAUUCUUCCUAGAAGCAAAUCCCACCGACUUAACUUCUAGUUUGGUACCUUAUGAACCAACGACAUCAGUAUUGAAUCUAAGUGACACCGUGACAAUGUCACCUACCACAUUAGCUCAAGUAACAGCAGAACCAAGUAUGUUUAUAAAUAACUUCUUUGCUUUUAUAUCAUUGUAAUAUGUAGUUUUGUUAUUUUCACUCCUACUUUUUUUCGCAGUAGAUCAUAGGUUACCGCCUAAGUGGUUAAGCACGUUAGAUACAUUAUGAGAGACCGUGUUAUAUAUAUAGCUUGUGAUUCGUCUCGAAAACAUGAUAUCUGGCAAUGGAACGAACGUAAAUGUUAUUAAUAUCAUCAGGAUUUUGUAUCAGUUAUAGAAAAUCCUUGAUGGUUUCCUUUAAGUUUUCUUUCAAAAUUUCAUGUAUUGUUAGACACUUUUGAGUUCCAAAAAAUUUUUGGAUUCUUCGUUUCCGUCUAUAAGUUCUUGGUUUGAAUAAAAUACUAUCAGACAAUCGUAUAUCUUCAGUAGAAUUGGCUCGAAAGUUUAACUGUAUUGUUUAAUGUUUUAGAAUCAACCGCCAGCAUCAGUUCAGAUAAGGAGUGUACUUGCUCGAACAAAGUAUUUAUUGCUUUAUUCUCCAUCUCUUUUGUUUUCAAUGCUCUUCUUGGAAUUAUUGUAGGAUUUCAGAGGAAGAAAAUGCAGAGGUUAGUAAAUGGGUUUUAGUGUCCACUUUCUUGUACCCAGUCCAUCCAUUUUAUCUUCUUUCUCGUCAUCUUUUAUCUUUGUUUUCGUUUCGGCCAUUUGUCUUUUCUGUCAAUUUUAAACAUAAAGUUAAAAAUGCACAAUCAACUUUGAUAAACGUGUGUUAACAGACAUCCUUCGUGGAAAUCAGCCACAUUUGACGUAGUUAGCGUGUUAAAAUAGAAUUUUUUAUCGAUCUAUCUAUGUAUCUAAUAUCUCUAACCAGCACUUCUUCAUCUCUUCUUAUUACGUGUCCAUACCAUCUCAACCUUGCUUCCGUCACCUUCUCUACAAUGUCUACCACACCACAUCUUCUUCUGAUCUCUUCAUUCCAUAAUGUCUCUGACCAGCACUUCUUCAUCUCUUCUUAUUACGUGCCCAUACCAUCUCAACCUUGUUUACCUCACUUUCCCUACAAUGUCUACCACCCCACAUCUUCUUCUGACCUCUUAAUUUCAUAAUGUCUCUGACCAGCUCUCCUUCAUCUCUUCUUAUUACAUGUCCAUAUCAUCUCAACCUUGCUUCCCUGUCCUUCUCUGUAAUGUCUACCACCCCACAUCUUCUGACCUCUUCAUUCCAUAAUGUCUCUGAUCAGCUCUCCUUCAUAUUUUUUUAUUACAUGUCCAUACCAUCUCAACCUUGCUUUCUUGUCAUGUACUGUUGUACCAAUAGUGUACUGUAACAUAUACUAUAUAUAAUUCAAAAAGUUCGGUAAUAAUGUAGGUGUUAACAUUUUCCUUCUUUUCAGAAAUCAAGGCAAAAAUUUGCAAAAGGAAGGUAACGUGAUUGAAAAUUGUGAAAAAAGAGAAAUGUACAAAAUGUGAUGAAAGUAAUUUUAGGUCCAACUAGUAAAAUGUUAAAAUAGUUACCAAAGGCUGCAGGUUGUCGUUUGUAAAACGAAUAUUAAUCAACAGAACUUUGCUAAUACCCUUGAAAUAAUAAUCCCAAUACUUCCCUGCAAGUUGAGUAGUGUCCCCUUAAGACAGCGAUGUGAAUAGGGGUUAUAAUCGUCUUUAAAACGUUUCAAGAUGUGACUAACAUUAUAUAAACUGAGUCUGGUAGCACUUCAUACCCUAAUUACACAUAAUAUUUAUUCAUCAUAGACGAAUAGAGCAUAUUUUCCACAACAGCUGUGAUCAUAUAAAAUACAACUUUCACUUGAUGAUAGUUAGACGUUUGUUUGACUAAUUACUAUCAUUAAUUCAUACUACAUCCAGAAUAUUAGGACGGCCAGAGAAAAUCUCUGGUAUAUAGAAAACUGUGCUAGGGCAACCAGCAGCUUCCCACAAAACACAUCGUUCCCCACUAAAUUUUCAAGUUUUAGGUAGCAGUUUUGGUUACACAACGCAAGUGCUAACACAAAAAUCCUGAGAUGGCAAAUGUCGGGUACAAACUAUUAAGAAAGUUCUUGAUACAUUUUAGAUUUGAAAAACACUAAUGUACAGACACGAACAAUCUCGGGAAAUGAAAUCAGCGCAUACGAAGAAGUAGUAAUAGACAGUGGCAUACACAAUGGUGGCAUUUAUGACGAGUCUUGGUCAGGUAUACUUUGGGGAAGAAUUUAAUUUGGGCACAGUGGUCAGUACAUGUGUCUUUUACUGCAUUAUGUAGUUGUCUCUCAUAUUUUUUUAUCUGGAAGGAGGACACUUAUAUAGAGGGACUGAAGUGGGGGAAAGCAUAUAAAGUUUUCAUAUUUGUCUUUAUUUUUACAGAUCAUAAAUAUGAAGAGCCUUCGAACUAUGAACCUCUGAGAAGAAAUCCUUUACAAGAUCAGAGCGAUGAACAUAACUAUCAAAGUCUGACAACAUCACAGAAAGGAAAAUAG